AUGGCGCCCUCGCAAGCGAGCCAUGUGCCAACCCUAGACGGCCUGAUCAAAUCAUUUAACAACCAAUCUCUCGAGGCGUCUAUCGAGUCCCUGAUAUUUCUUCUGAAGCGGCGACAAGUCAAAGGCGACGAAUGCGCAAAGGCAACGGCCUAUAUUCUCCGCCAGGUAGUGGCUAAAGCAAAAUGGAACGACGUCGACCAACUUCUUUCCCGGAUCGCAAGCGCUGGGUCGCGUCUGGCCCGGGCUGCCCCCUUGGAGCCGGUCAUUGGGAAUGUGGUACGGCGCGUGUUGGGGCUGAUCCGGGACGAGGCGUCCGAGGACAGAAAUGCCGAUGAUAUAGCCAGCGAGGCCGCUUCCGACAUCCAGACCUUGACUCCGGCCACCAACCCGAGCGUACAACCACCACAACGGCCCGCCCUCCCGCACCGGCCGACCCUGUCAGCCCUCUCGAGCGGCCUGCAAGUCUCCAAGUCCAUGUUCAACCUGCUCUCGGUGGCCGAGCCUGGCGAUUCGCCCAUGACGGGCGCCUCCACACCAAUGUCACAAGCCCAGCCGGCCAGCAUACACUCCCUACGAUCUGAGGUCAUGGACGGGAUCGAGGAGAUCUUGGACGAGAUCAACCAGGCAGACGACCAGAUCGCGGGGUUUGCGGAGAUCCAGAUUCACCCGGGCGACUACGUGCUGGCCUACCAACCCUCAAGAACGGUCGAGAGGUUUCUAGUUAAGGCGGCAUCGAAACGGCGAUUCACGGUUGUUAUUGCCGGCCUCGAGGCCUCGGGAGCUGGCACGGAGGCCCCCUACGCCUCGCUGCGCAAGAGGCUCAAUUCUGCUGGGGUCAAGACGGUCAACCUCGCUAGCAACGGGUUGAUGGCGUACAUUCCGAGGGUGAACAAGGUCAUCUUCAGCGCGAAGGCCGUGUACCAAAACGGCGGAUUGCUGGUGGAUAGUGGAUCCUGCAUCGCCGCUCAGGCUGCACACGAGUACCUGAAGCCUGUUAUUGCCCUCUGCCCGGUGUAUAAGUUCUGUCCUGAAGAUCCGUCGGAUGAGGUAUCGCGGGGCGAGCUAGGCAACCCUUCGGACUAUGUGAGCUAUGCGAAUGGGCCAGCCGUGGGUGCGCUUGAUGUUGAGAAUACGGUCACGGAUUAUAUCCCGCCGGAUCUUGUUGAUGUUUACCUCACCAACCUUGGCCCCCAAACGCAGCACCAUCUGGCCAAUAUCCUGGCGGAUCACUACAAGACAGAGGACACUGGUUUCUCGUUGCAACUCGGCGAGCCGUGA